CUGCCCUAAACAGAGAAAUUGUUUUUCUCUAGAUUUCUUGUUCUCUCAGCCAUCAUACAUGCCUACACCAAACUAAAAAGGGAAGAAAUUGCUACCAAAAUUUCUCGAGCCAUUAUAAACCUCGAGUGGAAUCUAUCUAAGACUUAAAUUUUGAGGUUCGAGAAGAGAUCCAUGCCAAAAAGAACUUAAAUUUGAAGGUCGAUCGGAGUCUAGGCACAACCGUAAGGACUUGUGAUAUUCCUCUAUUUCUAUCAAAACUUGUCUAGCUGUCUAUUUGAUCACCGUACCGGAUAUCCAAAGAUUUUUGCUUAGUAGAAUGGAGAAGAUUAGAGAGGGGAAUCAGAACCAACUUGUAUCUGGGACAUUGAAAUGGAGAAUCGAGAACUUCUCUAAGAUGGACAAGGAGAAACUUUACUCUCAAGUUUUUGUCGUCGGUGGUUCUAAGUGGCGGAUGCUUUUAUGUCAAGGGUGGAAGGACACAAAUCUUGCAGAGCAGUUGUCUUUGUAUUUGGGUGUUGGAGAUGUUUCGACAUUGCCAAAGGAGUGGAGUAGAUUUGCCCAUUUUAGCAUGACCCUGGUCAAUCAACUUGACACCAAGAACUCCAAAACAUGGCCUCCAAAGGGUAGUGUUCCCCAAGAGUUCAAUGAAAUCAACAGUGAGUGGGGCUUCACAUCAUUCAUGCCUAUCAGCGAGCUUUAUGACAAAAGUGCUGGUUAUCUUGUCAAUGAUGUAUGUAUUGUUGAAGCCAAUCUUAAUUUCCCAAUCAAGGUUGAACACCAAGGAACAGAACCUAACGCGCCAUGCUCUGAACUGUUGUUUGCCCCCUUCCAAGAUGCACAAGGUUCGGGACAAGUUCACACUGAGCCCCCAGUCGCUAGCCCUACUGACCCUUCCCUAGCCCGGGCACUUGGAGAAGUCCCAAACACCACAAUUGAAGAGCUUGUGGAUUUUAGGGGUUUAGGGCAAAUAGAGAAAGUUUUUGUGCCACUGCUAGAGGGAGUCUGUAACUCGCAUCCUGAGCUGAUUGUCUGUAUGCAUAAAAGAAGUCAGAAAUAUUCAGAAUGUGCAUUCACAGCUUUGGGUCGGCUUCUGCAUUUUCUGAAAACUACAAAGGUAAAGGAUAUGACCCUGGAUGCUUGUAACCGCCUUGAACUUCUGUGGGAGGAGCUUGAGAGCUUCAAGUUUGAUUUGGCAUGGUUGAAGCCUCAUGUUGAAUCUGCAUUCGAUAUGACAAGGUUUGUACAUAAGGCAGGCAGAUUGAAGAGGCUGAGAGAUGAUGUGGAGGCUUUGGCGAAUGAACUGAAAAGGCGGAGGGCUGCACUAGCUGCUACAACGAUUGAUCAUGCAGUAGUGAAAAAACACUUGACAAAGGCAGAGCAAGACAUCAAUGGGAUUGACAUGGAUGGCCCGUUAGGGUAUGGCAUUUAGCUAGCCUUAUUUUGUAAGGCUUUCUCUAUGACAAUGUCUACGGCACAUGAUGCCUUGCCUUCGUACUUCGUGUUGCAAAUUUUCCAGUUUUUAGGUAUGCAAUAGUUAACUAGGUUGUUGGAAUUGGACAAUAUGUUUUUAGUUGUCUUUAUUUUGCAGCAUAUCUGAACUUUUGGUUGUUGUUUAUGUAGCGCAAACCUUGCUUAUUUUCAUGUUUUGAAGUUCUUGUGUCUUAUUUAAUAUGUUGAGGGUGAUUAUCGCACAA